CUGUGAGUUUAGCAGACUACUACAGCACCGUACAAGCGUGUAGUACUACUUCCUAGUGCUUGUGCGCCUUGCUCUACCAGACCUGGAUUCGAUCGGAGUCGAUGGCGAACGCCGGGCUACGCGCCUACCGGGAGGUGCUGCGGCUGGUGCGGCGGCUGCCUGCCGACGCGCGGCCCUACUACGCGAAGUACGCCCGCGAGAACUUCGUCAACUACCGCCACCUUUCUGCCGACGACGACCUCGCCGGCCUCCUCCGCCGUGCACAUGACCACUCCGCCUGGGUCCUCUCCAAGUACUGCAUCGACGCGGCGGAGGCGGCAGGGCGGCUCAAGGAGAUCUGCGGCGAGGGCGGUGCCGAGUGAGGGGAAGAUCGUGGCAGGAGCCCGCGGCGCGGUGGUGCGUGCACGCAAGGUGUUCGGCUAUAUGACUCUGAGGUGUUUUUCAAGUUCCAUGCCCGAACAGGGUGAAUUGCCCAGUUCUACCUGUAAUGUUUUGUUUUAGAGCUGGGCGCUUUCAUGUUUCCAAAUGUUCUACAGUAGUGGGAAAUAAGAUCAACAUUCUGCUUCUAACUUGGUAAUGUUUUGAA